GGGAGCCGCCACCGUCCGCCUUCAGUCCCGGAGCAGAACGGAACCAACCGGAGAACCAUCACCUCCGUGCGUAAAAACGCGGCGCGUCCUGUGCGCGCUGCCGGCACAGAGCGCGCACCAGCCCGAGCUUUGAUGCGUGCCGCAGGUUGGACUCACCUGGACUGAGCAGAUAACAUGUGACCCGGUGUGCUCCUCUGGAACCGGAGGACCAGCAGGGAGCCUGGGUUCGGGUGUCGCCUCAUGAUGGGACGCUUCGGCCGCCGCCCGCCGCCAGGAUGAACCGGAGGAGCUCCAGAGCGCACGACUUCCUGCUCAAGUUCCUGCUGGUGGGCGACAGCGACGUGGGGAAGGGAGAGAUCCUGGAGAGCCUGCAGGACGGAGCCUCUGAGUCCCCGUACGGACACGACAUGGGCAUCGACUACAAGACAACCACCAUCCUUCUGGACGGGAGACGAGUCAAACUGCAGCUCUGGGACACGUCUGGUCAGGGACGGUUCUGCACCAUCUUCAGGUCUUAUUCCAGAGGAGCUCAGGGGGUCCUUCUGGUUUAUGACAUCACCAACCGCUGGUCCUUCGAUGGAAUCGAUCGUUGGAUCAAAGAGAUAGACGAGCAUGCCCCAGGGGUCCCUAAGAUCCUGGUGGGGAACCGGCUCCACCUGGCCUACAAGCGUCAGGUGACCACGGACCAGGCCCGGGUCUUCGCCCAGAAGCUCGGUGUCACGUUCUUCGAGGUCAGUCCGCUCUGCAACUUCAACGUCACCGAGUCGUUCACUGAGUUGGCCCGGAUCGUCCUCAUGAGGCACGGCAUGGAGCGGCUCUGGAGGCCCAACAGAGUGUUCAGCCUCCAGGACCUGUGCUGUCGCUCCAUCGUGUCCUUCACUCCGGUCCACCUGGUGGAGAAGCUGCCGCUGCCUCCAACCCUCCAGUCUCACCUCAAGUCCUUCUCCAUGGCGACCGGCCUGAACGCCUGCAUGAUGCAUGGAGGCUCGUACUCUGUGGCCGGGCAGCACGGCGCCCCCCGGAGGACCAAAGCCAAACCCAUCCCACCGACCAGCCCGUCUGCUCAGAGCUGCAGGAACGGCUGCAAGGUUUCCUAACGGCACGAACGCACCACGCUGCGUUCAGGGCCUGGAGGCGUCGGCAGGAAGUUUCUGAUCUGGAGGGGGAAAAAAAAAGACAAUGAACAGCCGUAAACAACAGGAAACAACAAUAAACAGGAAGCAAGGUUAAAAAACAGUAAACAACAACAAUCAAGAGUUCACAACAAUAAAUGACAUUAAACAACAGUAAACAAAAGUAAAUAAAAGGAAGCAACAAUAAAAACAGUAAACAACAACAAACAACAGGAAACGAGAAAACAGUAAACAACAAAAAACAAGAGUUCACAACAAUAAAUGACAUUAAACAACAGUAAACAAAAGUAAAUAAAAGGAAGCAACAAUAAAACAGUAAACAACAACAAACAACAGGAAACGAGAAAACAGUAAACAACAAAAAACAAGAGUCACAACAAUAAAUGACAUUAAAUAGCAGGAAACAAAAGUCAAGGAGAAGAAACGAGUCAACAGCAUUAAGCAACAAUUAACAGGAAAUGAAGGCAAAUGGCAAAAAACAGCAAACAACAAUAAACAACAGUAAACAAUGAACGACAGUAAGCAACAGGAAACAAGAGUAAACAACAGGAAACAGUAAAUGACAAGAAUAAACAGUAAACAUACAACAGGAAACAAACAAUAAUAAACAGGAAACAAGUCAACAACAGGAAACAACAAUAAAUGACAAACAGGAAAUGACACAACAAUAAACAAAAGUAAGCAACAAGAAACAAACAAUAGUAAAUGAGAAUAAACAACAGUCAAUAACAGCAAACAGGAAACAACGGGAUACAACAAUAAACAACAGGUGUAAACAAUGUAUGAUUUGUUUUCUGAAAAUAUUUUGUGUAAACAUGAAAACUUUACAUCAGAAUAUUCGACUUAUUUCUGAACAUCGUAGAACAACUAUUAUAAACUGUUCUCAAAAUAUUCCGACUUUUUCUCACAAUGUUUCGACUUUUAAAGACUUUCUGAAGAUUUUCUUCUAAUUUUAAUAAAAUCUUUAUCAAAAUAUUACACCCUGAAAAUGUCAGACUUUCUCUUUAAACACACUUUUUCACAGAAAGCACUUUAUUCUGAAAAAAAUCACAACUUUUAUUCUCAAAAAUCUACAUUUUUUCGCAGAAUUUCAACAGUAAAAUUUUAAUAUUCUUCUUAUAUCUUAUAUCAGAUAUCUUAUAUUCUUCUUAUGUCACAUAUUUGCGAUCUCCUUCCUUGUAAAAUCAGAUUACUGUUUAAAUAUUCCGACUGUUUUCUCUUCAUUGUGACUUUUUCAGGUUCAUGUUUUUAUUCCUAACGGUGACCUGAUUAACUCCAUCAGACUUCAGAGAAGAAGAGGAAACUUUUAAACUUUCUGCUGCGAUUAAAAUGUGUUUCUAUAUGAUAUUAAGGCCUGUAAUGAAUCACAAACUAAAGAAGAGAUCUGAGGUAAAUGAACCACGUUAAAGCCUCAGACUGGUUUUAUUUCAGGUAAACGUUUCUUCAUGUUUUCACAGCAGCAGCACAGGAUUUUUACACUCUGAACCCUCACCUUGUGUUUUAUUGAACCUCCUCUGUGUACAAUAUUUGUACGUGUUGUAAAAACGCUGUUUGAUAUGAUGAUGAUGAUGAAGAGCCUGUUUCAGUGUUUCAGGAGGUCACGUUUGUAAGAUGCACUUUUACGAUGAACAAUAAACAUCAGUGUGCCUGUUUAAUGUCAAACAUCA